GGAAAGAGAGAGAGAAACCCCAAAUCCUCUCCAGUCCCCAGUCCCCAAUCCAAUCGACCGGGGGGCGAAAUGAGCCACCGCCGCCGCCGGCCCUCCUCGCCGCCACCACUACCGGCGCAUCCGCUGGAAGACAACGCCCUCCUCCACGACAUCUUGCUCCGCCUCCCGCCGCAGCCGCCCUACCUCCUGCGCGCGUCCAUCGUCUCCAAGCGCUGGCGACGCCUCGCCACCGACCCCAAGUUCCUCCGCCGCUUCCGCGCCCACCACGGGAAGCCUCCCCUCCUGGGCGACUUCUCGUACGAAGUAGGAUCAUUCUCCUUCAGAUCCACCCUCGACCCGCCCUACCGCAUCCCUCCCCGCCGCCUCUCCCUGCGGCCGGACGGCAGCGAGGGAUGGGCGUGCCUCGACUGCCGCCACGGACGCAUACUCUUCGACGACUGCAGGCGGAGGCGGGUCAUCGUGUGGGACCCCAUCACCGACGGCCGCUGCGUCCUAGCCUACCCGCAGCAGUUCCGCGACUCCGGGAUUGUGCAAAUCCACAGCGGGGCGGUGCUCUGCGCCGCCGGCGACCAGGGCCACGUGCAUGGCGCCUGCCAGUCGAUCCCUUUCAAACUGGUCGGGCUCAGCGCUUGGCACCACAAUGAUGUAGCCAGCAUCUUCGCAAGUGUCUACUCUUCCGAGACUGGCGUAUGGAGUGAUCUCGUCUCAACAACGCUCCCACGGAAGGGUAUAAAUCUUUUGAGUCACAGCGCACUUGUUGGUAACACCCUUCACUGGCUGGUCACCACAAAUAGCAUACUGGAGUUUGAUUUGGUCGCACAGACGUUAGCUGUGACCAAGAGGCCUCUUGGUGCUCCUCCUCGCCAUGACAAUGUUCAGAUCACCCGGUCAGAGGAUGGCGGUGUUGGCUUCGCUGCUUUGUCCGGCUCUCGCUAUGACCCUUGCUUGCAAAUGUGGGACAGGAAGGUCGAUCCGGAUGGAGCUGCCACAUGGGUGUUGCGCAAGACUGUUGAACUGCAGAAGAUUCUUGGAUUGGACUCUAUGAUUGAGAAGAACAAGGCAUCUAUACUGCACUACUUGGAUGAUGCUCAUGCAAUCUUUUUGAGGGUAUAUUCAUCUGUCUACAUGGUUCAGCUUGAGUCAAUGCAGUCUAAGGAACUUUUCAAAAGCAUCCAUAAUUGCAUCUAUCGUCCUUUCACAAGUUUCUGGACCGAAGGUGUCUUUAGCAGUUUGAAGCCGAAUCAGCUUAUCACUCAAUGAUGUGCAGCCUGGAAUGCGACUCUUGUCUAUUAUGUCCAUGUGUCUAUGGCUCUGCUACAUCUACUGCAGCUGUCUUGCGGAAAUCAUCUAGUAAUAUGUUAAUUGUGGUGUAGUACUUUAUCUGUCUGUCUAAUAGUAUGUACUUGUCAACUGAAGCCAGAAAUGUUUGGGUUGAUUCGGUAGUGUUGCCCUUCAUAAUGGAUUGCAAUCCAUCUCCAGUUUGACACUUUGACUUAGUGCUGACGCCAGAUUUUGGUUGCCAAUACCUGGUGUUGACCUCUUAUAUGUUUUACCUUGUCUGUUGUCAGUGCCGUGCUUGCCUUUGUUAGAGAAGGACACGAAUUCCAGGGAGUCCGGGUUGCACACGUGUUUAUCAUUGUUGAUCUUGCUAUUAAUCACGUACACGCUUUACUAUUUCACCUUUAGUUGAAGAGUUUGUCCUGUAUGUGACUGCAUGCCUUAAAAAGUAAAAAAAAAAGUGCACUUGCUGCUUUUUUUGCAUUUUCAGUUGUUCAGUCCAUUGUGGUUCUGAAUUGUCAUAUGUUAUGAAUGUUGUGGUCUUAAUAAGUGCUCCACAUAUUUGUCACACGCUGAGUCAAGAAUCAAGUGAGCUCACGGGAGAUGGAAUACUAUUUGUGUUGUUAGUUUUUUUUACAAUAUUUUUGUUGUUGGCGUGAUGCUACGGUAUAUAUAUGCCUUAUUUUUCUUGAUGUACUAAUUUUAGUGGGGUCAUAUUGGACUUUUUAAGAGAUAUAAACUAGUAAUAAUACAAAUAUGAGACCAAUUAAUUUCUGCUCCUUUCAUGCCUUUCUUCUUUGUUAACUAGCAUAUACAUUUAAAUUGCAUCAUUUUUCUCUGGUUGUGUCUGAGCAUACUGCUACUACAUUUACUUGUCUUAUAGCAUGAGCUACCUUCAAGCUUUAAACCCACAAUAGGCACACUGAGAACUUAGGAUAAAUCAUCUGAUAUGUCAAAUCUGUAACUUGACCACACCGAAGCUUAAAACUAGUUACAUUUUUCCAUCUAAAAAAGCUAAUGUUGUUUUAAGAUGAUUUUGUAUUUCAGAUAGAUUGACUGUUCAGAUUUACCUUUCUUCAUUUGCGCUCUUCGCUUUCUUAUUCUGUUUAGUAUGGUGCUGUAAUGACCGGGCUUAAAAUAUCAACAGUUCAAUGAGUGUGUAGCCAAUGCAGCUGAUUUAACAACUGUGAUGGGUUUGUGCACAGUAGUCUGAAGCAGAAGUAGCUUUGCUAGUGUACUUCAACCUGGAAUGCUGGCCUUUGGAGUAUGCCAUGACCAUCUAUAUUGCAGUUGUGAAUUGAAAACUGGACCUGUAGAAAUUAUCUCAUGUGCCCACUCUGGUGUUAUUUUGAGCUAUUGUGCUGAACUCUGAAAUGCUUGGAUUAGUUUGUCAUUGUUCAUGUUGGAAUUUGUUCAUAUCACCCCUGCCCUCUCCAUCGCAAAUAUUGCUCGCCCAAUACCCAUACUCAUCUGCAUGACGAACAGCCUGAGCCAACUCCUGAGUCUCAGAGUGGAGGAAUUCGCUAGGCUGUUUGCAAAUUAGCCGUUGUUUCAGUGACCAUGUAUUGCGAGACAAACGUCGCACUGUCUCCUGGCGCCAUGAAGCUAUCUGAAUACCUUCUUCCCUCGCUGCAUCUCAGAGAUAGUCCCUCCAUGUCUGGAACUUUGCUCGCAGAUGGGAAAGCUCAAAAUGACUGAAAAAAAUCAUCAGGAGCAAAGGUGAUUACCGAACUAGUUACAUUGUACCAUCAUUAUUAGCUUAUUACUUGGCAAGAAACCAGUCUGUGACGGUCUUGUUUUGGAUUACACGCAUAUAAACAAACACAGAGCCGUUAACGCUUCUUGGUUCCUUGCACGGUGUCACAUUUUUUACAAUGAAGAAAGGAGAGCCACAUGAUCCUUUGGCUCUUGGGGAGGCGGUGCGCUGGAAUUGGGGGCGCUCGCUGGCUACAGUGGUUGCAGGAAACCCUAGAAAUCCUUUUGUAUUUCUUGUUUUUUUUUAGAUUUCUAUAAAUUCUGGAUAAUCAUUUUAUCCCCUUGUUUAGUUUCCACAUAUAACUUAGUUUUCGAUUAAUGAAAUAUGUGGUUGCUCUCAAGAAUUUUUUUUCCUUAUGUGAUAAUACCUAAAAAAAACUGCUUCCCCAUUUGAUCCUGUAGAAAAGACUUUCCCUAUUUGACACUUAGUCAAAAUUUCUUGCCUAUUCCCUAAUAUGACAUCGCCGUGCACCCCGUUACACUGCCGUCGGUUUUUCUUUUCAUGGACAAAAAUAUCCCUCCCUUAGUCAUUACGCAACGCUGGGAAAAAAAGAUCUAACCCGUUUACUGUCUGUCCCCGACUCGAGCCGCCGGCGGCGGCGCAUAGAAGCAGCGGCGAGACGCGAUAGCUAUGUGAGACUAGGGGGUGGCUGUGGAGGGCGGCCAGGUUGGAUUCAAUCAAGGCUAUGGAUGGCCAUCCCAGCGUGCCGGCGGUGGGCUGGCAAGGCGCAGCGGCGCCGUCGUCGUGGUCGGCGACGAGGAGCUCGGCCGGUGCACCCUCGAGCCAGCGUUCCAGCACUGCCUCCUCCGCCAGCGUCGUCGCGGAAGCCUUGGGUGGAGCUGCGUCGACAUCACCAUCUCCGCGAGCGCGAGCGCCUGCUCCUCCAAUUAUGCCCACGUUCCAGAUAAGUUUGCAAGCAGGUUGCUAGAGCUAGAGCGGUCCCUCCGCAAAAGAGAAAAGGAAAAGGUGUUUUUAGCAGUUCGAAGCAGAAGCAGCUUAUCACUGGAUGAUGUGCAGCCUGGGAUGCGACUGAAGUCUGAUUAUGUCUAUGUUUAUGGCUACAUCUACUGUAGCUGUCUCGCCGAAAUCAUCAACUAUGUUGAACUGUGGUGUAGUACUUCAUUUGUCUGUCUGUCUAAUGGAGUCGUAUGUACUUGUCAACUGAAGUCUGAAAUAUUUGGGCUAAUUAGGCAGUGUUGGCCUUGAUAAUCGAUUGUAAUCCGCCGCCAGUUUGACUUGGUGGUGACGCCAAAUUAUGGAUGCCAAUUGCCUGGUGUUGAGUA